AUGCGAAAGCGUCCGGGGAAUUCGUCGGCAAAAUCGACGAGCCAACCACCGAACAGGGCCGGCGAUGGUGACGCUCCGUCCGCCUCCGGUGACGGCGGUGGAAUCCCGAUCGACGCUAUGCUCGGGGCUAGAAGGUCCGGAUUCGUGUGGCUGGUCUUGUUCGGUUUGUUGAUGUACUCGUCUUGGGCGGUGUACGAGUACCAGUACGAGAGCUUGCCUCCGCCUCUGACGGCGGCGCAGGCCGGGAAAAGAGGCUUCUCCGAGGUGGAAGCUAUGAGGCACGUUAGGGCCUUGACUCAACUUGGACCUCACCCUGUUGCUUCUGAUGCGCUUGAUCGUGCUCUCCAGUAUGUUAUGGCAGUGGCAGAAGCAAUCAAGAAAAGUGCUCACUGGGAGGUUGCCGUGGAAGUGGACCUUUUCCAUUCAAAAUCAGGAGCAAAUAGCUUGGCCAGUGGCCUCUUUGUGGGGAAAACACUUGUUUAUUCAGAUCUUAAUCACGUUGUAUUACAAAUCUUGCCAAAAUAUUCAUCUGAAGUUGAAGAUGCUAUUCUCGUCUCCUCUCACAUUGACACCGUAUUCUCAGCAGAAGGUGCUGGAGAUUGCAGUUCAUGUGUAGCUGUGAUGUUAGAACUCGCCCGGGGGAUUUCUCAGUGGGCCCAUGGAUUCAAGAAUGCAGUCAUAUUCUUGUUCAACACAGGCGAGGAAGAAGGUCUCAGUGGUGCGCACAGCUUUAUAACUCAGCACCCCUGGAAUACUACUAUUAGGAUGGCUAUUGAUUUGGAGGCCAUGGGCAUUGGAGGAAAGUCUAGCAUAUUUCAGGCUGGGCCUCAUCCUUGGGCAAUUGAAAAAUUUGCAUCAGCAGCUAAAUACCCUUCUGCCAACAUUAUAGCACAGGAUCUUUUUGCUUCUGGAUUUAUUAAAUCUGCUACAGAUUUCCAAGUAUACAAGGAGGUUGCUGGGCUAUCAGGCCUCGACUUUGCCUACACUGAUAACAAUGCUGUGUAUCACACUAAGAAUGACAAAUUAGAGCUUUUGAAGAGUGGAUCACUUCAGCAUCUUGGAGACAACAUGCUGGCUUUUCUGAUCCAGGCUGCUUCAUCCUCUGAUAUUCAGAUGAAUAAAGCAAAUACAGAAGAUGGAAACACCAUCCACGAAAGUGCCGUAUUCUUUGACAUAUUGGGUACCUAUAUGGUUGUCUAUAAGCAACGGUUUGCGAGCAUGAUGCAAAAUUCAGUCUUAAUGCAGUCACUUCUAAUUUGGUCCACUUCAUUACUUAUGGGUGGUUAUCCAGCGCUAGUUUCACUCGGCUUGUCAUGUCUUAGUGCUGUCCUUAUGUGGUCCCUCUCAAUAGGAUUCUCGCUUCUUGUCGCUUUCAUUCUACCUCAAAUAGCCUCCUCACCGGUGCCAUAUGUUGCUAAUCCAUGGCUGGUAAUUGGUUUAUUUGCUGCUCCUGCACUCCUUGGGGCACUGACUGGCCAACAUAUUGGUUAUCUAAUCCUUAGAGCGUAUCUAUCAAAUGUCCACUCCAAAACAAAGCAACAACCAUCAGCUGUUCAAGCUGUACGAGUCAAGCUAGAGUCUGAGAGGUGGCUGUUCAAAGCUGGUUUCAUUCAGUGGCUUGUUAUACUGGCUGCUGGUAACUAUUUCAGCGUUGGAUCAUCCUAUCUAGCCCUUUUCUGGCUAGUUCUCCCAGCAUUUUCAUAUGGCUUGCUUGAGGCAACUUUGACCCCAGCUCGGUCACCAAGGCCACUCAAACUUGCAACACUACUUAUGGGAUUGGCUAUACCAGUUUUGAUUUCUGCUGGCACUUUUAUUCGCUUGGCUGGUACAGUAAUUGGGAUGGUUGUUCGGUUUGAUAGGAGCCCCGGUAGCACUCCUGAGUGGUUAGCAAGCGCGAUAGUUUCUGCUUACAUUGCUGUUGUCACAUGCCUGACUCUUGUGUAUAUGCUUUCAUAUGUUCAUCUUUCAGGUGCCAAAAAGUCAAUUAUCCUGGUAACAAGUUUGGUCUUCGGUAUUUCACUUGUUCUUGUAUUAUCUGGAGUCACUCCACCCUUUACCGAGAACACUGCUAGGGCUGUAAAUGUGGUGCAUGUGGUGGAUACAAUGGCAAGACAGGGCGGAAAGCAAGAUCCUAUUUCAUUUGUUUCUCUGUCUUCCGUAACUCCUGGAAAGCUGACGAAAGAGGCUGAAGAAAUUAGUGAAGGAUUUGUAUGUGGCAGAGACAAAGUUGUCGAUUUCGUCACUUUCUCGGUUAAGUAUGGUUGUGUGACAUAUGAUGAAGCCGAACAUGGGUGGAGUAACUCUGAUGUUUCGGUGUUGCAUGUCGAUAGUGAUAACAAGGUGGGAGAAGAAAGAUUUACACAAGUCUCAUUUGCUGCAAAAGCCUCCACUCGCUGGUCACUUGCUGUAAAUAUGGAAGAAAUAGAAGAUUUCAUUCUCAAAGGAAACUCUGAAGAAGAAUUGGUCCCAUCAGGCAGCAAGAGCAGCACCGAUGGAUGGCAUAUCAUUCAGUUUGCAGGAGGGAAGGACUCACCAAGAGACUUCAAACUGACCCUCAUCUGGGCAAAGAAGUCCAAACAAUCAACCGAAAAUGCCAAUAAAUCGGCGGAGGAGCAGCAGCCUCUACUGAAGUUGAGAACAGAUGUUCAGCGAGUGACGCCGAUAGCUAAGAGAGUGCUGUCAAAGCUCCCACCGUGGUGUUCUCAAUUUGGCAAGUCCACUUCUCCUUACAAUCUAGCUUUCUUGACCAGCCUUCCCGUUAACUUCUAG